CCGCGGCGCCAGUUCCUCCUCUGCUACGGCAUGCCGCUGCACCGCGGCCUCCUCCCCCGCGGCAUCGGCGUUGGCGUGGGACUGGACCCGCUGGAGCCGGCACUUCGCCGGUUUCAUCGAUUUCUGCUGCUGCCGCUGAUGUGAUGAUGACCUUCUGUUGUGGUGGUUGGCCGGUGCAGGGGCGCGGAGCCGAAGCAGCUGGCCUUCUCCGCCGCGCUCGGCGUCACCAUCGGGGUCUCCACCUCAGGUCCAGCCUGAUUCGAGCUUCCUGGACAGCCACAAGGCAUGCCUUGGCCGCCAUUGAGCAGAAUGCCGCUGGUGGCCGCAGCGGCGACAGAGUGCCGUCUCAGCGGACAAGGGAGUAUCAAGCGAGACAUCAUCAUCAACCCGAGCGAAGGUCACAGGUGCCGCGUGCUCCUGCACGGCAACCUGCUGGCGUGCUACACACUGCAGGCAGUGGGAGGGCCGAGGAGACCCACCCUCCUGCACGAGGAUGCUCCAAGGAAAUUCAACCAAGCCUUUGAGCUCUUUGAUCCCAACGCCUUCUUCCGAAGGUACUCAGUCUGCCGCGACACCAUCCAUCAGAUGCUCGUGCAGACGCCGCUCCUCAGAUUCUAGUGAUGGUCACUUCAGUUUUAAGGGUUCAACAUGUGCCGCUAUACUGAUUGGGCAAGCAGCUGUUGUUCUUGGCCUGAGCAGCAACUCUGUAUUGGCUCAGGAUGAUUUGGUUGCUCCAGCAGCUACAAACUUUGUGAAGCCACAUGAGCUAGGGGUUGCACCGCAGGAGCAUAGCGUGUACAAGUACUGAACAUUGAAGAUUGCAUUGCAGCUCAUCAGUAUGCCUUCCUUGCAAUCUUUGAAGCCAAUUAAAUUCGGAAGUGUUAUUUUUUCUGUACAAGUUUGUAUGUGUCAAGUACUUGCUAAUUGAUGUUUUGAGGGGUGCUCAUGUACUUACUCGGCAACAUGGAAAGUUUUCACAUUUGUUCUAGCUGUCUCUAUGGGUUAGCGACUUAGCAUACAUGUUGUAAUAAGGUUUCACAUUUGCUUCUCUGACAAGGUCUGUUUUUAU